UGAAGAGUAGUGAUUACAUUUAUAUUCUCUGAUAUAAAUUUUGUUUUUUUCUGGAUUUUAAUUUUUAUUAAACAAAUAUGGAUAGUGAUAGUGACAGUGCUGAUAGUGGAGGUGAAGGAACCAGUUACGGUUUAAAAAAGAAGAUGAAAUACAGUCAGUCCUACAAAUCAGAUUGGGAGAAAGAACCACGCUUCACAGGUUGGCUUAUUAAAAGCCAAAAAGGGUAAAAUUUUGGAUUCUGCAAGGCAUGCAAUAAAGAUAUUAAUAUAUCCAGUGGAAAGGACUCACUUAUAAAACAUACACAGCGAAAAAUCCACGAACAAAAUGUAAAAUCUAUCAAAAAUCAACCGUCCAUGACUAAAUUUGUUACAGACACAAAAAGGAGGCAAAGGGCUCAAGACACCAAAGAAGAUACGGCUGGCGGCGUUUGUAGCUCAACAUAA